AUGUUGCUCUAUCCAUUUUUACAGUUAGAGGAGCUGGAGAAAAGCUUAUUGUUUGAUUGUUACUUUGCCAUCUGCAGCCUUCUACACUGCCCAUCCAUUAUGACCAGAUCUUGUUGCACUGAUUUUUUGUUAGGGUGCUGGAUACUUGUCUUCCUGUGGGUCUUGAUGUUCAUCAUCAUUUUCAAAGUGUCAUUUUGUGGCAUCAGGAUAAUUGAUCAUUUCCUGUGUGAUCCAGGUCUUCUGUUCACCCUAAGUUGCAGAAAAACUCCUCUGGUAGACCUUGUUAUCUCUACCUUAAAUUAUCUUCCUUUUGUUAUUCUCUUGCUUUUCAUCAUGGUGUCUUAUGCUUUGAUCUGUAAAGCAGUACUGAAGGACUCUUCAGCAGCUGGGAAGGCUUUUAUCACCCCCGGGUUUCACCUGGCAGUGGUUUCUCUGUUGUAUUGCUCAGUACUAGUCAUUGAUGGGAGUUUGGCAUCUGAGCCUAUGCAGAAUAUUGUUACUCUCUUUUAUUCUGUUUUAACCCAUCUCCUUAACCCUGUGAUAUAUACUCUUAGGAACAAAGAUAUAUAA